AUGUGGUCAAAGCCUACGGCAAAAGAAAAUCCCCUUAUCUCUAGUUUCAUCGAGCUCUUUCCAGAGAGCGCGAGAGCAUCCCAAAUCCCUAGUCGCCGCUGCUGGCUGGACCCCAAAUCCGUCGCCGCCGGCUGCACCUGCUCAAAUCCUAGCCUCCCCGAACCUCUCACCCGCCCCUCCGCUCUAUUCCUCGGCUCGCCAACCACUGGACCGCAGCCUCAGAAUCGAACGUCGCCGUCCUCGUCUCAGCCGCCGCCGUCGCCGUCCUCGUCCCAGCCGUGGUCGUCCCCGUCCAAGUCACAGCCGCCGCCGUCGCCGUCCAAGUCCCAGCCGCCACCGUCGCCAUCCUCGUCCAAGCCGCAGCCGUCGCCGUCCUCGUCCCAGUCGCCUUCAUCACCGUCCCAGCCACCGCAGCUCCAUCGUCCUCCAACCGCCGUCCGUUCCCCAUCAAGACAUCUCGUCCUCUGCCUAGUCCAGGAAGUGGUGAGGCUCGCUUGGAUUCAGCACGGGGCGUUUCCACUCUACUGGCUGGCCAUUAACUCAGAGAUGGUUGUGCUGCGUCACAGACGUACUAGCUGUGGUGGUAGCCGUGCUAACCGGAAUGCUCUUGUUGGUUCAGGCAACCCCAACAAUGAUAGCUCACAAAGGUCCCGAUCUGAUGGUGUUAACUCCACUGGUCCUUUAUCUCAAAAUAGUGAUAUGAACACAAGGCAGCCAACAUCUCGUCAAAGAGGAAGGAAAAGGAGGGCCACAACAGAACUAAAAGUGCCUCCACAUGGUCACAGAGUUGGUCUUGAACCGGAAGGUGACAUGCAAUUUAAAUAUGUUGACCCUAAUUCCAAGCACUACAAGUAUAAUAUGCAACUUGGAAUCAUUCUUAAACGAGAACACCCAGGGAUAAUUGAGAAGAAGGAAGGCGACAUUGUCAUUAAAACCCGCCCAGCUUUGGACUGGUCUGAUUAUUAUGAUAAGGAUACUCUAGAUGAUAAGGGGCAGACAGCUGCAGAUCGUGUGAAGGAAGUUUUUUGGAACUUAUUUGAGGUACAUGUGAAAGAUGAUGAAGAUCCAAACAAGGUGGAGGACGAUGCUGAUCGUGUGUUGGACAACUACGCAAUGAAAAAAGUGAGGGACAUGAUGUAUCAACUUCGUGUGGAUGCUGUGAAGUUUUACUUUGAGAAACAAGGAGAGCGGCUUGAUGACACAUCGGCAUGUUCAAAAGAACUUGAAUAUGCCCAAUAUUUGAAAUGCAGAAUACCAUGGUUUAAGGAACAUGCAUGGCCUCAUCUUUGUGCUUAUUGGUGCUCAAAAACGUUCAAGUCCUUAAGGAAGAGAGGGCAGGUGUAACACCCUCAGUGUCAUGCUACAGUAAUCCCCUGUUAAUGGUGCCAGGUCACCAUGCUUACUGAGCUAAUUAUCACUUGAUGAAAAA